GAGCAGGAAAAUACAGCAGAAAAAUAUGUAAUGGAAAAAGUUUUUUUUGGCGCUCGCUCGUCUUAGUUGUUUUUGCCGAAAUGUGAUAUCACAUUUUUUUUCAUAUUGGUUAUCAAUGAAGUUGAAGUGAUAUAAGAGAAUUUUCAGAAUGACUGGAACCAUAAUGGAAAGUUCUGAAACUAUGGCAUCGGCAGAACAGGCCACAGAAAGAAGAGCGAGCACAAAUGCAAUCAGUGAAUCCUCUGAGAGAUCAAUAAGUAUUAUUUUAGAAUUCAUUUUAUUUUUGAUCAUGGUGGCCUCCACACUGUCAUCAACGGCAAUAAGUAAUAUUGUCUUGUACCGUACCUGUGUCCAUUCCCUGCACCACAGUGUAGAGGAAUGUCGCCCAUUCCUGUCUCCAGAUAAGUCUAAUGAGACGAAGGACUUGGAAAUAGAAGUACAGAGAUACUUUACUUAUGUAUCUACUGUGACAACUAUCAUAGAUUCUUUAGGGCCAGCAUUAUUGUGCUUAUUCUUAGGAGUCUGGUCUAAUACAUAUGGAAGAAAACCUUUGAUAGUAUGGCCUUUAUUUGGUAAAUCCUUGUCAGCAAUACUGACUGUCAUAUAUGGCAUGAUGGAUGGCUUGGGCCCUUGGUGGACCAUAGUGAUGAUCAUUCCUAGUGCAGUAUCCGGCAGUCUAAGUGUAUUGAUUGCCGGAAUCUACUGCAGUUUAAGUGAUAUGACUACUGAAAAAUCUCGUUCUAUCAGAAUGAUGACAAUGCAAAUUGCCGUAUCUGUCGGAAGCGUGGUCGGUUCGCUGGUCAGCCCGCAUCUACUGAAAUCAGUGGGCAACGUAUAUGUGCUUCUGAUAGCUGCAACACUUAACGUUAUAAAUUAUGCUACAACUAAUAUAUGGCUCCAAGAGUCGCUGGUGGGAGCCAUUCCGGGAUCACUGUCAUCAGUAUUCGACUUUGCAUUAGUAAAAGAGAUGGUAACAGAAUGUUUCAAACGCCGCCCAAAUAAUAUGAGGGCUCAGAUACUUUUGUUGACUGCUGCCAAUAGUUUGAGUAUUUUUGUACUAUAUGGCCUGGGAGGCUUAGCAUACAUGUACACUAGGAGGAAAUUGCAUUGGGCUUUGAAAGAUUUUAACCAAUAUUCGGCCAUCAAUGUGCUUAUAGUUUUUAUUGGAUCUUAUGUAGGUGUAGCCAUCAUCCAAAAGAGGUUAAAACUGAGUGACCUGUCUGUCUCAGUAUUAUCAUUCGCGUCUGCUACUGCAGAUUACGCAAUAAAGUCAUUUGCUGUUGUCUCUUGGCACAUGUAUCUCGGAUCAGCCGUAUCACUGUUCGGCAGCCUCUCAGGUCCGCUCAUCAGGUCUUUCUUUACGAAGAUUCUGCCUGUCGAAGAAAUUGCUCAAGUGUUUGCGCUGCUGAGUGCUAUUGAAGGAAUUGUUCCUUUGAUAUCGCCCGCAAUGUACAAUGCAUUGUACAAUGUAACAUUGUCAUCUUUCCCUGGGGCUAUUAUGCUAUUGACAAGUUUUAUAAACGGCAUCUGCAUGAUUUUGCUGAUAAUCGUUAUAUACCUAAGAUGGGAAUCGCCGAUGAUAUCUUAUCAGUCAGUUAACUCUACCGAUGCCGUUGACAAUGAAGAAGAUGAAAAUAUUUCAGGAUUGGGACCAGUAUAAUCUAUAUUAUUUAAAAAGCGAAAGUCAAUAUGUUUUUUUAAUUGAAAACUGAAUUUACUUUUAAGUGCGAAAAGCGCAUGGACUUAUGAGCAGAAAAGCCAGUUAAAUAGUGAGGCUUGCACGAGCCAUCUUAGACCACCAUAUUGCAUACAUGUAAUUCUACCUACCAUCAGAGCGAUUGAGGUCAAAAACAAAACGCCGUCUGCACCACUAGUUCCAUGAAGGUAUUUUACCUAGCAUAAUUAGGCGCACCAUUUAUGACACCAGAACAAGCACUUUCCUGAUAUUCCCAAGGAGUCCUGGCCAGGUCUUAAAUAUACACAUAUGUGGCAGUCCAAGCAUAAAGGUACCACUUGGGUGGUAUUGAGUUAAGGCCAUAUUUGGAUAGUUAAAUAGUUGGUUGAUCAUAUGGAAUAAAAAAAAAUUAAUCAUAAUAACAUUUAUUGGAAUAAAAAAUUUUCAAAGUUCACACUUACAAAAAUCAAAUUGUUGGGAAACAGGCAUUGAAAGUUUAAGCUGUAUUAUCUAAAGAUCUAGUUGUCAGUUACAUAGAUUAUAAUUUAUUAUUUUAGAGCAAUAUGUUAAGUAUAAAAUGAAUUAGUUAAUGUUAUGGAAACAUUAUCGAAUAAAAAAAUAGAAGCUUAAAACUAACUUUAUAAUAAGUUUAGUAAAAGAGCCCAGUUGAAUACAAUAAAAUUUUUAACUGUAAUAGCUAGAGAUCUAGUUGUCAGUUACAUAGAUUCUUAUUUAUUACACCAAAUAAACUGACUUUGAACCCUGUCAAAAAAUAUAAUGGCCCUAUCUGUUGAGAGCUAUGUGGUAAAUGAACUUGCUGAGCAAAAUCAAAAGAGUAUUUUUUUUUGACAAACUGCGCAAAGGUCAGUUUUCGGUUUCUGCACAACAACAUUUGGGCAAAAUGUUUCCCAGAGGUCGUACCAAGUACUCCUACCAACAGGAAUAUUAUUCAGUGAAAUUAGUGAAUCACAAUAUGUUUUAUAAACGUAUGAUUUGGUCAUACUGCAAGGAAGUAUUACUAGAUCAGAAUUAUAUCGGUGACCUGGUAGACGGCCAAGUAAAACUAAACCUUAUCAUUGGAGUACUGUUUUAUAUAAUUAACUGCAUCAGCUCUGGUUUGUAAAUUAUAACAAUUGUAAGGAGCUUUUCGUGACUUAUGGACAUUUGGCGCGACACCAUUAGUCAAAAAAUCUCUAUUAUAAAAUAUCGCUGUUGACAGUAGAUGUCUUUGUGGUUGGUUAAACAUCGACAUUAGUUGUUAUUUAACUCAUUAUCAUUAUAGAAUUCAAUUUCAAUCAUUCAAUUUAAAGAGUGUUGAUAACUGGUCCCUUUUCACUAAACAUAUAAUUGCAAUUUUCUCACGUUGUGUUCGUUAUUUACAGACGAUUAUUAUACGAAAAUGUAGCCCAUUGCAUGUUGCAUUAAAAUCCAUUAAAAUCGCAUAAUGCCAAUUUUCCACCUUUUUUCACAAAAUCUCAAAUAUCUCGGAAACUAGAAAGUGCUCAGUGGGCCCUUUUCGCUUGGACGGCCACAUAUCUUUAGCCUAUGUAAGUGUUCUUUUAUAUUUUAAUAAAAAAUAUGUGAUAUAAAACUAAACAAUAAA